AUGGCGCACCGAAUCAUCACCCAAGUGGUCUUAGUGGGCUCCAGAGUCCUUGGACGUGCCUUUGCAGAGGCUUGGAAACAAGCGUCUGUCUCGUCACAAUACGCCAAAGCGAAUGCGUCCAACAGUGACGCUACGACAAACAAUCUCGCCUCGCACGGCCUCACUGUCGACGAAGCGUGCAAAAUUCUCAAUGUUGCUCCACCUCAGGGAGCUCAGCCCUACAUAGACAGUGUGACUGCUAGGUUUAAAAGACUAUUUGACCAGAACAGCUCCGAGAAAGGAGGAAGCUUUUAUCUUCAAAGCAAGAUAUUACGGGCGCGGGAGCGGAUAGAGCUGGAAGUUAGGGAGGCGCAGGAGAAGGCAGCGAGGGAACAGGAGCUUAAAGAGGGAUGGAAACCAAAGAUGUACAAGGAUUGA